AUGAAGGGUGGUCGAUCUGUUGGACAAGUAUCACAAGCAGUCUGGCACCUGAAAGGGGAAGAUAUCUCAUCUUUGCACCAUAAAGAGUUGAUGGCCAUAGAGGAAGCCCUCGAUACUGGCCUUGCUGCUGUCCGUAAAAAGCAGGCUAGUACAAUAUUACACUGUAACAAAAAUAUGGAGUACCACAGCAUGUUGGAGCAAAGUGGAAAGAUGUUGGAUGAUGAGAGCAAGCGCCUCAAUUUCGUUCUGCAACAACAAGAGAUGGCUAUGGAAGAGAAUGCAAUGGAGAUGGAAAAUGCUUAUCAUCAACAAAGGGUGAGGGACUAUAAUUCCCAGGUGCCUUUCGCAUUCCGCGUGCAGCCUAUCCAGCCAAAUUUGCAAGAGAGGAUGUAA